AUGGCUAACGUUGAGGAUAAACUUGGUUUGAACGUUACAGCAAAGCAGGCUUAUUACCCUAUUGAGCUUUCCAAUGCAGAAUUAUUGGCACACUACGAAACCAUCCAGGAGUACCAUGAGGAUAUCUCAGCUAACGUGCUUUCACAGUCUUGCAAGUUCAAGCCCGAUCCGAAGCUGAUAGAUCAGCAGCCAGAAAUGAAGCCCACCGAAACGAGAGACCGAAUCGUCACCUUUCUCUUCGAGCUGUCUAUCAUGUCUCGGGUGACGGAUGGAAUAUUUUACCACGCCGUUCGACUAUAUGAUCGGUAUUGUUCGAAGAGAGUGGUACUGGAAGAUCAGGCUAAGCUAGUGGUGGCCACCUGUCUAUGGCUUGCUGCCAAGACUUGGGGUGGUUGCAACCACAUUAUAAACAACGUAUCCAUUCCCACUGGUGGGAGAUUCUAUGGGCCUAAUCCCAGGGCUCGUAUCCCUCGUCUUACUGAGCUGGUUCAUUAUUGCGGCGGGGCGGAUGUUUUUGAUGAAUCGAUGUUCAUGCAAAUGGAAAGACAUAUCCUGGAUACUUUGAAUUGGGAUAUUUAUGAGCCUAUGAUCAGCGAUUACGUUUUGAAUGUGGACGAAAACUGCUUGAUACAAUACGAACUGUACAAGAGACAACUCGAUCAUAACAGGCAGUGGUCUCAGAAGCGCCAAUCUCAGGCGUCUAACGACAGUGAUGCUACCGUAGAUGAACGGAUCGUUGAGGAUGAAGAAGAAACUAGUGUUUAUGAAGAGGAUGAGGACGAAGAUUUGAACUCGAAGAUCCAGCUCAUAAAUGUGAAGAGAUUUUUGAUAGAUCUAAGUGCUUGGCAAUACGAGCUGCUCAAGUAUGAGAUGUUCGAGGUUUCGCACGGCAUCUUUUCGAUCAUCAACCGAUUCAGCGCCGCUGACCAUUGUGCGUUCCUCAUGACACCAUAUCCGACAGCUACCAAUCAAGCACAGCUGCUCAAUUUACUCAUAAGCGCUGUCGCUAAGGCCCCAGGGUCGCUGAUUGAAGUCUACAAGGAGAAGUCCGGCGUCAUGGAGUUCGUAAACAACGUGAAGGAAUACAGAACGGAGCUUCAAAAGAAGCUACAACUUGCAUCCGCCAUGGAUCUGUCGAGGAGACGUGCUGCCAACGCUUCGCACUGCUUUGACCAAGGCCACACGGUACCUUCGCCCACCUACUCGCAACACUACACCCCAAUGAGAAACACCAACAACUACUCCGACAAUAGCAUAUUCAGCACCAUGGAUCAAUCCUCCCCAAUCACGCCGCAGAUGUACAGCUUCGGCCAGUACGCGAACGACAGUGCAUGCGCUAGCACACUUAGCGUGAACAGCAUACCGAACAAGAACUACAGUAAAGACGACUCAAAAACUGCCUUCAAUGAAUGCAGCAAUAAGGAGAACCAGAUGCCAUUGCCGCAUCAAAUGCCACCUAGGGCAAAAUUCAUCAACAACGGGAUGUUUGUGUCCCCCAGCGGCACCGUAAACAGCGGGAACUCGAGCAAUCGGUCCUCACUCAUCUCGCUAGCAGUCGCAAACGUCAACACCAUGGUCUGA